UUCUAAAGAUCAGUUCCAUUAACACGAGAGCUCAGUCAGUGUGUUCCCAUCGUGCUGAAUGGAUUCUCACGCUUUACUCACCGUAGGGAUACUAUCAGCAAUCGGAUUUAGCUCGUGCCAAAAUGAGUUACCACUGAAUGGACCUCUGAAUGGAGCAGUAGGAGGGAGUGUGGAGUUCACCCUCAAUAACCCACCGUCUGCACCACCUCAGGGAAUCACCUGGCGUUUUAGAGAGACGCCAAUCUUCACUUCAAUUGGUGAAACAGAGCUUCCAAAUGUUGUUUAUGAUGGCAGAACCUCUGUGAACAAAUUCACCGCUUCACUGGAGCUCAGGGGCCUGACUCAAAAUGACACUGGGCUGUACACUGUGGAAAUCAACAUCAGUGGUGUAGUAAGUCAGGGAAAAACAUCACUGACAGUGUUUGAGAAAAUCUCCAAUGUGACAGCAGAGGCCAAUCAGAAUGAGUUGGUGGAGUUCAACAGCUCUGUCAUCCUCACAUGCUCCGCCUCUGGCUCCUCCCCCUCGUUUCGUUGGUUAAACAGGAGUGCUGUUGUCACAGGAAGUGAAAACAAGACCCUCACUGUAUUGAAUGUGACUAGAUAUGAUACUGGGCCAUUCCAGUGUGAAGCAUCCAAUGCUAUCAAUGCCCAAAUGAGCUCCGAUGUCAACCUGACCAUUGCCUAGAGAAUCUCUGGUGCUGCCAUGACAAUCACUGAUGGCAUCCUGAUAGCAGGUGAGAGUUCUGUCAACUUAACCUGCGAUGCACAGGGCUCCAACAUCACCAGAGAGUGGAGAAAGGAUGGCAAUCCUCUGCAUGGAGUUAACAUCGAUGAGCUCAACAGAACAGUUUCCAUCAGCCCAGUAAA